ACAUGAACAAGAACGCCAACAUGUUUGACCCGGAAGUGGUCCUGAACCAGCUGAGGUAUUCUGGGAUGUUGGAGACAGUGAAGAUCCGCAGGGCUGGGUUUCCUGUCCGCAGGGCUUUUACAGACUUCUACAGCAGGUACAUGAUGAAAGACAACCGUCCAACAGAUGACCCGAGAGGGUGGUGUACAGAGCUGCUGAUGUCAUACGACCCCACCAAGAGAGACUGGCAGCUGGGGAAAACUAAGGUACGCUGA